AAAAAGCUUCCGCGGGUGUACCGGGGCUUUUGUAUGACGGACCAAGCAUUCAACCGAAGAGGGAUGUUGCGGCGUCCCAAACCAACCGACUCUGAGGCAGACCUCCUGAGAGAGCAGGAGAGGUUUCUGACCUCCGGUGCUCCGUCUGCUGCCAGUGUUGUCCGCCGACCCGACAAGAGGAGAGGUGAAGGUGGAGGAGAAGGAGGGGAGCAAAACGGGGAGGAUGAAGAAGGACAGAGAGAUGUUGUCACCAUCGAAGAUCUUCCAGACCAACUCCCGUCUCUGACGCCAGCUCCUCCUAAGAAGUCUCGCUUUAAAGCCAGUCGUGUCACUUUCGAGGACGAUGAUGCUGGGGAGAUACUGGACAGACACGACACUCAUAUCAGUGCUGUUCUCUCCAGGAUCGUUGAAAGAGAUACCAGCUUCACUCCAGUAUCUCUACCAGCAUUUACAGGCAUGGCUUUCCCCAAAGUAUUGCAUCGCUCAGAAACCAGCAGUCAGGUGCCGGCGUCCUCAGUCGGAGGAAAGAAAAGUAUCUUUGCACGUCAGAUCGCAGCUCAGAGACUUAAAGAGGGAAAGGCACCCUUACAUUGUGCACCUGAUUACAGGGAGCAGAGCCUGCCUUCUGAGACCAGCAUGGAAACAGAUCAGCGCCAGCCGGUUGCAGUCUCGGGUCCCUGUCUGUUGUCUGGUCAGGGGCUCGGGGGCCCAGAUAGCUCAGGAGAGACCAUGAGGAUCCACAGGGAGAACCAGGCUAAGCUGCAGGCCAUGUCUCAGUCUCAGAUACUCGAGGAGCAGAAGAAACUCUUAUCUCAGCUCGAUCCUAGACUGGUGGAGUUUGUUAGGUCUCGGAAAGCUCAGAGCGUCCCGUCCUCUGCCUCCGCAUCCAAACAACCCCAGGGCAGAAGCAGCGAGGACAAUUUUCCUCUAGAAAAUGUGAGCAGAGAGUCAGACUCCUCCGGUGCUGCUGUGCAGUUACAGGAACCUCAAGAAGUUGAGAUGGAAGCAGAGGAGGAGGAAAAAGUGCCACCACCACCUGCUGUGACGGAGGAGGAUCUGCCGCUGAAGCGUCAGAAGGAAUGGGUCCACAUGGAUAAGCUGGAGCCAGAGAAGCUGGAGUGGAUGAGAGACUUACCUGCACCCAGAAGGAAAGGAACCCAGAAGGCCAUGCAGGCUCGGUUUGACUUUGCGGGGACCUUGAUUCCACCCACCGAGGAUCUGCCCACACAUUUAGGCCUGCACCACCACGGAGAGGAGCCUGAGCGGGCAGGUUACUCCCUGCAGGAACUCUUCCUGCUGUCUCGGAGUCAGCUCAUCCAGCAGAGGAGUCUCGCUCUCAGCACUCUGGCCAACAUCCUCUCAAAGGCACGUGCCGGGGAGUACCUGUCAGUCCUGCAAGGCAGCGUGGUGUCCACUCUGCUCGACGCCGGCCUGCUCUUCCUGCUCCGUUUUGCGUUGGAUGACAGUGUGGAGGGAGCGAUGUCUGCAGCUGUGCAUGCACUCAAAGCCCUCCUUGUGUGUGCAGAGGAUGAAGAGUGUUUGGACUGUACCUUCUCCUGGUUUCGCGGCCUGGCCUCCUUCCCUCUGCUGCCGUCUGCUCAGGAGGAGGAAGAAGAGGAGGAUGAAGGGCUGCCUGAAAAUAUGAAGGAGACAGCUAAGGAGAAGGAAGAGAGGAAGAGCGAUCAUGAUGUGGCCAGGCAGGAUGUUGUCAAGGGACUGCUAAAGAUGAAACUGCUCCCCAGGCUGCGUUACAUCCUUGAGGUGGUCCGACCUUCUCCUCGAGUGGUCCAGGACGUCCUGGAGAUCCUGACUCGUAUCGCUAGGCACUCCUCCUCAUCUGCCACCCAGGUGCUCGACUGUCCUCGCUUGAUGGAGACGAUUUUAUCAGAGUUCCUUCCCACUUCCUGGACGGCGCCAUCAACUCCCCUUCCUCAGUCUGUUUACGGGCUCCCACAGGCCAGCGCCAUGAAGCUGUUGAGAGUGUUGGCCACGUCUGGCAGACAUGCCUGUGCCAGACUUUUAAACUCAUUUGGAGUGUCAGAGCGUCUUCCUUGUCUGCUGAGUGCUGAGCCUAGUGAGCUGCUGCUGGAGCAGACUGAGGCCCUCAGGAUCACCACUGAGGCCUUCAGGCUGUGGGCUGUAGCAGCCGGCUACGGACAGGCCUGCAAAUUAUACAUAGACCUGUAUGCAGGCUUAGCGAAGGCGUUGCAGUCAGUUCACAGAGUCCUGACCCCCUCAGAUCCUCUGCUGCCUCUGCAGCUCCAGCGGGUCCUGGCUCUGCUCUGUCUGCUCACACAGGUCACUCACACUGCUGGCUGCCACCAGGAGCUGCAGGCCGGCCUGGUCAGCUCUCAGGGAGAAGAGUGCCCUCCUCCUCCUCCAGUGUCUUGGGGUCACGUCACAGGGCUGCAGGCUUCCUUGUUGGGACAUUUGAAGGGUUUUGUGAAGAACCUCGAUAAUCCAGUUCAGAAAGAGAUCAGCCUGACUGUGAUACCAGCUUACCUGAGUUACUUAGAAGCUUACUACCACCAGCUCUCCAGACAGAACUGUUUCAAGCCAGUAGAGACCCUUCAAGACCUGGAGCUGCUGACGUCUGAGCUUCUCCUCCCUUUGCUGUCCCACCCGGUCGUUCAAGACCUGAUAAAGAACCUGAAGUCUUCCUCAGUGGUGUGUAAUGUCCAGUCUAAUCAUCCUGGCCCAGAGACCGCUCCCAGUCUCCCUGGUUUGGCCUGCCGCGGAUGGAGAGACCGCCCGGGGCUGGUUGUUCCCAGCUCUCCUUUCCCUCUCCUUACAGGCCUGGGACUCCUCCUGGAAACGAUCACAGGCAUCCAUAAAGGCCUAAGCUGCAAGUUCGCUGGUCUCCUUCUGUACCAACCUGUGAUUUGUUACCUGAGAAGCUGCAGUCAGGCUACGCCCAAGCUGUCUCACUCCAGAGCCUGGCUUCUCCGUCAUGAACACCACCUCCUCUACCUGCUGCUCCGACUGGCACACAGACUGAUUCCCAUUGAGCCAGAAGUGGCCAAACAUGCGCCUUUGUACCACCAGAUGGCGCUGGUUGUGCUGCCAUGGCUGUUACCAGGCAGUGAAUAUCUGGCACAUGAACUGCUGUCCACCAUCAUCUUCAGCAAGGACUUUAUAUCAGAGGGCCGCAGUGGAGGACCUGAGGCUGUUGAGCUGGGUGAGCUGAAACUCCGUGAGGAAACACACCACCACACCUCUCCCUCUCUGCAGACGGUUGGAGCUCUCCUGAGAGAAGCCUGCGUGCAGCUGCCAUCCAUACGAGGCUGCUUCCUCACGCACCUCGCCCAUCUGGAGUCAUCCGUGCUGACUUCCAGAGAGGCUCUCCUGGGCCGCAACCCCUGGAUCUGCUCCCAUCUCCUCCCAGAGCUCACUGGUCCCACUGUGCCGUCCGAUUGGCCUUUCAUCCCGCUCGUCAGCCUGUAUGAGCGGGCAGGGGUGUCUGACGGUGGAGGGUUAGCGGUAGUGGAGCUCCCACAGGGGGCUCUGCAGGCGGUGAUACACUGUCUGCAGUGGCUGCUGCUGCUGGAGGUCUGGAGGGAGGAAGCACUGAAGAUGAUCCUUCCUGUCGCCAAGCUCGCCCGCCUGUCCUGUGUGUUCCUCUGUUCCAGUGACUUGUUCCUGGAGAGACCUGUUCAGAAACUGGCCUGGGGUCUGUUCAGACUGCUGACCAGGCAAUCCAGGCUGGACUCUUUGGACCUGGACGUCCCUCCUCCAGGUCUCGCCUCCUUCCAGGACUUGUACUCAGCUCUUUUGACCCAGUAUGAAGCUGUGUCCUUUGGAAACCAGCUCUUUGGCUGCUGGGUCCUCUUACCCCUGCAGAGGAGGUACAGCACCACCCUGAGGCUGGCUGUGUUUGGAGAACAUGUGGGAAUACUGAGGUCACUGGGAGUCGCUCUGGAACAGCUCUGCAUUCCUAUAGAGCGGUUCACCUCCCCGCCUGAAGACUCCCUCCCUCUCCUCCAUCUCUACUUCCGCUGUUUGGUUACGGGGACCCUGAAGCCCCGCUGGUGUCCUGUCUUAUAUGUGGUCGCCUUGUCUCACGUCAACUCCUUCAUCUUCUCUCAGGACGCUGCAGCACAGGAGGUUGAAGCAGCUCGACACAGUAUGCUGAGGAAAGUCUACUACCUGACUGAUGAGGUGUUGAGGAACCACUUGCUUCUCUUCCGCCUGCCACAAAAGCACUCAGAAUUUGGCUUCGAUAUGUACGAGCAGUUGACUCCCAUUAGAGCCAAACGUUUGGAGAGCGUUCUGAGACUGCAGGGCUGCAGCAGUGACAAAGGAGACUGAAGGCAGCAGGGAGUGGGGAAAUUAAAAAAAAGUAGUGAGCCAACAGCAGGAGAUUCACAGGAGGGACAGUAUGUGAUGGAGAGACGAGAACAUGAGCGCAAGAUGCGAAUGAAAGGACACAAAGUGAGUGAUUUCAGCUAUCGUGUCUCAUCAAGAUCGACCCUGGAACAAGAAUCAACAUGAUGACUGGAGAAUAUUCUGUGGCCUCUUUUCCUAAAGUUAACAUAACUGGAGGUAGAUUUGGGCAGCCCUCAGUAAAGUAGCAAUCAAAAAUAAUUUUUGGCACUAUUUUGAGCUUGGUUGGAGACUAUAUUUUAGAGACCGUCAGUGGAAAUGAUCUAAAAGUCAAUUUUAAGGUCCAGUGUGUGGGAUUUAGGGGGAUAUUUUUGCAGAAAUGGAAUAUAAUAAGCGAGUCCUCAUCUACAGAGAUCACCAUGUUGCACCGCCUGGUUACCACAGUAUCCCAUAACAGACAGACCAAACACUGGCUCUAAAUAGGUCCAUUUGCAUUUUUGCACCGACCACCGUAGUUAAAAGCUCAUCUGCGACAAACCAAACAGUGUCAAAAAAACAGACAUGUUUUGAAUGUGAAACUGCUUUAUUCAGUUUAAAUCACCAAGUCCAUUUGUUUUGGAAAGAAAGAGGACUCCGCAUAUAAUUUGGCUCCCGUUAAACAUUUCCUGAACAUUUGGAUCUUAAGUUAUCGGAGAAAAGGUGAGCACACAUUAGCAGGCAUGAGGCUAACAGCUGGUCUCUGAGCAGCAGAACAGCGAAGGAGAAACACUGAUUUGCAACAUGGAAAUGCCAGUUUGAAUUACUGCUGCAUUUGUUUUAGAAACAACAAGAGUCCCCUGUUGAUAAUUUGGCUUUUAGUAAAAAAAAAACAAAACCCUAACAAUCAGGAAUUGUUCAGGUUUUUCAGGAAUUUUGAAGGAAUUCAAAUGUUAUAAAUGUCUCUGUCCUCAUACUUCCAUGCGUCCUUUCAGCGGUGAUCUUAAAGGCAAUUAUUUCAAAUUUCGGCGGCGUCUCCCACAGUCCUAUCUCACUUAAAAUACGCUGCACUAACCCCGUGAUCUCCGGUGGUAUUGUUUGAUUUCGUUCAUAUCCGUGAGCUCUCAGAAAAUUUGCACAAAUAGAGACGAAAUGAAGACGGAGUACCGACAGAAGGCUUUGCCCAUCUCCGUCUCCGUAUGUAACGUUGAGCAUAAAUGAACCCUAACCGGGAGUUCACACUUAGCACAUGGGAGAACUUGCAGCCAGUUGCAGUCUACAAUUCUCUCUGCUUAAUGCCCCAAAAUCUUACACACUGUUCUUUUAAUAUUUGGUUUUCAGGUUGCAGAGUUUUUGCUUGAACUAGUCUAAACUGAACCAACAAAAAACAUUCAGAGCUUGAGCACAAGUGCUAAAAAUGAAGUGCAGAUGCAGUGAGGUGCAAAUGGAAGGAGUUAAAUGUGUUUCCCGGUGACGUCAGCACUUUGCCAGAGUUACUGUUCGUUGGAGGAGCUUGAAAAAUAGACCGCUUGUUUGAUUCUUGGCAUCUCAGAGUAAAGACAAAUGUCCUACUUUACAAGUGCCUGAAAUUGUCUUUUUUUUGUGAAUAAAACAUGAUUUCAA